AUGGACCCUCUGAACAGGACCCAGCUGACUGAGUUUGUUCUCAGAGGAAUAACAGAUCGUCCAGAGCUGCAAGUCCCCCUGUUCCUGGUGUUCUUCCUCAUCUAUGUCACCACCAUGGUGGGCAACCUUGGCUUAAUCUUUCUCAUCUGGAAGGACCCCCAUCUUCACACACCCAUGUACCUUUUCCUUGGAAAUUUAGCCUUUGCCGAUGCCUGCACCUCAUCUUCUGUGACACCAAAGAUGCUUAUGAAAUUUUUAAAUAAGAAUGACAUGAUAUCCGUGGGUGAGUGUUUUGCCCAAUUUUAUUUUUUUUGUUUCAGUGCAACCACAGAAUGCUUCCUCCUGGUAGCGAUGGCCUAUGACCGCUAUGUAGCCAUAUGCAACCCUCUGCUCUAUCUUGUGGUGAUGUCCAACAGACUCUGUAUUCAGUUCAUAACUGUGUCAUAUCUAAUUGGAUUUCUACAUGGUUUACUUCAUGUAGGAUUGUUAUUUAGGCUAACUUUUUGUAGUUCCAAUGUAAUUGAUCAUUUCUACUGUGAUAUCCUCCCACUCUAUACAAUUUCUUGCACUGACCCAUCCAUCAACGCAUUGGUAGCUUUCAUUAUGGCUAUUUUUAUACAAGUGAAUACUUUUAUUAGUAUUAUAGUUUCUUAUGCCCAUGUCCUCUUUGCCAUCCUGAGAACAAAGUCUGAGAGGGGCAGAAGAAAAGCCUUCUCCACUUGCAGUUCCCAUCUCUUGUCUGUCUCUUUGUUCUAUGGCACUCUCUUCAUCAUAUACGUACUCUCUGGCUCUGACACAGAUAAUUAUCAGGGUAAAAUGUAUUCACUGUUUUACACCAUUAUCAUUCCCUUGUUGAACCCCUUCAUUUACAGCCUAAGAAACAAAGAAGUCAUAGGUGCCUUGAGAAAACUCACAAAAUGA